AUGCCGACCAUUGACCUACUGAACAAUGUUAAAGUGAAGGCCAUAAUCGGCCCACAACAAUCAUCACAAGCCAGUUUCGUAAUGAAUCUUGGAGACAGAGCUCGAGUUCCUAUACUUUCCUUCUCUGCAAAGAGCCCUUCUCUCUCAUCCAAACAAAGCUCCUAUUUCCUGCGCACUGCCUAUAACGACUCCACUCAAGCAAAGGCUAUAGCUUCCAUUGUUAAAUACUUCAAUUGGAGGGAGGUGGUUCUAAUUUACGUGGAUGAUGAGUAUGGCAAUGGAAUUAUGCCUUACCUUAUAAACCAAUUUCAGCACAUUGAUGUCAGAGUCCCCCGCAGAAGCAGCAUUCCUCCGUCAGCCACUGAAAGUCAAAUCCUGAAAGAGCUUAACAAGCUCAAGAAUAUGCAAACAAGAGUAUUUGUUGUACACAUGACUUGUGAACUUGGCUUGAAAUUCUUCAAAAUUGCCAAAGAGGAGGGAAUGUUGAACGAAGGAUAUGUGUGGAUUACAACAUAUGGUUUGACUGAUGUGGUGAAUCUGAUGGGUUCAUCAGCAGCUAAUGUCAUGCAAGGAGUUUUGGGUGUGAGGCCUCUGGUUAACAUGACCAGCAAGCUUCGUGAUUUCAAGCAGAGAUGGAGGAAGAUAUUCCAUGAAGAGAAUCCUGAAUCCAAUAUAAACGAACCCAUAGUAUUUGGUUUGUGGGCCUAUGACACGGUGUGGGCAUUGGCCCUGGCGGCAGAAAAGGUUAGAAUGGAAAAUUUCGAAUUUAGAGUGGGGGAUAUGAAGAAUAGCUCAAAUGAUAUAGCCAGUAUUGGCUCAUCUUCAGUUGGACCAAAGCUUCUUUCGGCAAUACAAAGCACUGAAUUUGAUGGCAUGGCAGGGAGGUUCCGUUUAAUUGAUGGCCAGUUGGAGUCUCAGGAUAUUGAGAUAGUUAACGUGGUGAAGAAUGGCAGCACAAGAAUAGGCUUUUGGGCUCCACCAAAUAACGUCUCGGGGCGGAGAAAUUCAAAAGAUAAGCUUGAUGUUGUCGUUUGGCCGGGGGGAAGGGAAGGAGUGCCGAAGGGGUGGGAGUGGCCCACGGCGGGGAAUAAGCUCAAAAUUGGUGUUCCGGUGAAGCCUGGUUUUCCUGAAGUUAUUCGUGUUGAAUUGGAUCCCGAUACUAACAAGCGCAUUCCCAAAGGGUACUGCAUAGAUGUUUUUGAUGCUGUCAUGAAGAACCUCACUUAUGCUCCAUAUGAUUAUGUACUUUAUGAAGAUGGCAAUGGACAAAUGAAUGGGACCUAUGAUGAUCUUGUUUACCAGGUUUAUCUUCAGGCAAUCGCUUUCGAUGCCUAUAAUUUGGUUCCAAAGGUAGUACCUGAUUUUGUUUCAAGUAUUGAGCUUUCUAAAGGAGAUGGCGGACUUGGUACUGUGCUGAAGCUUAAUUUCACCAAAGCUAUGAAAAAGUUCAGAUUUACCAAAGAGAAGAUUGAGGUAUUGGAUCCUGAAAAGCAUGUGAUAAAGUACACUAUCAUUGAAGGAGGGCAUGUUGGCUUAAAGUUGAAGUCUUAUUCAAUUUCAAUUGAGGUAAGACUUGAAGCAGUAAACAACUCUGAAGCUUUGGUGAAGCUCAACUUGGAGUAUGACACCAUAGAGAACACUCCUCUUAGCGUCGAAGAAGAAGAAGGGAUCAUGAAAGACAUCGUUUUGAUGUUAAAGGCAAUUGAAGGAUAUCUAAUUGAAAAUCCAACUUCUUAUGCCUAAAUUAUAUGAUUUCAUGUGGGAGUGAUGUUAUUUUGUGUUUGUUUUUGUUUCAUUGUUGUGCUAAUAAGAAUAAGUUACUUGUUCCUUCGAAAUGAUGGAGCGAGUUUAUUGUGUCAUUUCAAGAGAGGAGAAUAUG